UGCAAACAGCACAAACCCGGAGCACUGGCUGUUCCCGACGGACUCUUUCCGUCGCCUCCCCGCUCGCUGUUGUUGCAGCACCCAGGGGUGAAGCCCAUUGUGCCGGGAUUAGCCUCCCACAUGACAUCCCUGCAAUCACAAUAAGUGCUCCAGAGCCUCCUAUUCACGGCAGCAGGAGCGAUAAAGGUCAGGCUCAGCGUGCUCUUUCCCAAUUAUUCUCCAGCCCGGCCCAGCCAGAGCAGACAAGAGCAAACACACCAGGACUUCACAGGCUACUGGAGUGCAAAAGCUACUCAGCUUCUCUUUGACAUCUUUGGGUUUAAUCAUCGUGGCUUUGAAGAGUUUGGAUGAUUUUUUAAAUAUAUUUUCUCAAGGUUAUUAAAUCACCUGGAGUGGGACAAGCAGACCACAAAGGCAGCUGGAGCCCAAGACUCAACUUUUAAACGGAAGAGCUGCGAAACACUGAUCCUGGGGCAAGGAAAAAAUGGAUUUCCUCAGGUUUAGGGAGCCAGAAUGAUCCAUCAGUACACAAAGGACUCCUUCCACUACUAAUGUGCUUUUGCUGGAAAUAAUUUAUGCAAGAAAAAUGGAGUUUUUAACCUUUUCUCCAGAAAAUCACUGCUUUUCAGAGUUACUUGACAGCAGUGAUGGUGAUGAAGAGGAAAUACUUGUAUGUGGAGAAGAUUUAGAGCUUAAUCCUUUUGAUGGCUUGCCUUACUCCUCCCGUUAUUAUAAACUUCUGAAAGAGAGAGAAGAGCUUCCAAUAUGGAAAGAGAAAUAUACUUUCAUGGAAAGUUUGCUUCAUAAUCAAAUUGUGAUGGUGGCAGGAGAUGCUAAGACUGGUAAGAGUUCCCAGAUCCCUCAGUGGUGUGCCGAGCACUGCCUGUCUGCCCGCUACCAGCACGGCGUGGUGGUGUGUGCGCAGGCACACGGGAGGACGGCGGUGAGGCUGGCCCUGCGUGUGGCUGAUGAGAUGGAUGUCAACCUUGGCCAUGAAGUGGGGUACCUCAUCCCUUUUGAAAGCUGCUGCACGCCAGAAACUAUCCUGAGAUACUGCACAGAUGACAUGCUGCAGAGGGAAAUGAUGUCCACGCCCCUCCUGAGCUACUAUGGGGUUAUUAUCCUGGACGAUGUGCAUGAAAGGACUGUGGCAACAGAUGCAUUGCUUGGCCUCCUCAAAGAUGUGCUGACAGCAAGGCCAGAGCUGAGGCUGGUGGUCCUCACUGCCCCCCACAUGUGCAGCACUCUGCAGGAUUACUGUGGCGGCAUUCCCGUGAUCCGGGUGGAGAUGAAGCACCACGCUGAGGUCGUGUAUUCCUGCUCCACCCACAGGGACCCCUUUGGGGCUGCCCUGAGGCUGCUCCUCGAGAUCCACCACACCAAGGAGAAGGGGGACAUUGUGAUCUUCCUGGCAUGUGAACAGGAAAUUGAAAAAGCUUAUCAAAUGAUCAGACAGGAACAGCCUAACUUAAACCCUGACCUUGGUGAACUCAUCCCCAUCCCUUUAUACCCCACAAAACAAGACCCAAUUCCCAAACCAACGCCAGACAAACAGAAAUGCUGCAAAAAAUACAGGAGGAAAGUGCUGCUCACCACAAGCUGUGGAGAAUCUUUGAUUUGGAUUAAAAACGUGACCUUUGUCAUCGAUGUCGGUGUUGAAAGAAGAAAGGUGUACAAUCCUAGAAUCAGAGCAGACUCUGUUCUAACCCAGCCUAUCAGCAAAAGUCAAGCAGAGAUGCAUAAACAAAUUCUGGGCAUGUCUCCAUCAGGCAAACUCUUCUGUUUGUAUCCUGAGGAAUUUGCAGACAAAGAAAUGAAGCCACAUGUCCCAGCCAAAGUGCAGGAAUCCAACCUAACCAGCCUGGUGCUCUUCCUGAAGAGGAUGGACAUUGCUGGCUUUGCACACUGUGACUUCAUAAGCAGCCCAGCUCCUGAAAGCCUGAUGCAGGCUUUGGAAGAUCUGGAUUACCUGGCAGCCCUGGAUAACGAUGGAAACCUUUCCGAAUUUGGAAUUAUUAUGUCAGAAUUUCCCCUGGACCCACAACUGUCCAAGUCACUUCUGGCUUCGUGUGAAUUUGAGUGUGUGGAUGAAAUGCUCACCGUCGCAGCCAUGGUAACAGCUCCUAAUUGCUUCUUACACGCUCCUCCUGGGACAGAGGAGAUCGCCCUGACCUGCUGGAGAAGGUUCUCCCACCCUGCAGGAGAUCACUUUACUCUCAUCAACAUCUUCAAUGCCUUCAAGGAAGCCAGUGCCAGCUCCACAAACCAAGAGUCCAGCACUGAGAAGUGGUGUCGGGAUUAUUUCCUGAGCUGUCCUGCUCUGAGGAUGGCAGGAACCAUCAGAGCCGAGCUGGUGGAGAUUAUGAAGCGCAUUGAACUCCCCAUUUCACAACCAGACUUUGGAUCAAAAGAAAAUGCACUAAACAUUAAGAAAGCUCUCUUAUCUGGUUACUUCAUGCAUAUUGCUCGUGAUGUGGAUGGCUCAGGGAACUACCUGAUGUUGACACACAGACAAGUGGCCCAGCUCCAUCCUUUCUCAUCCUAUUACAACACCAGAAGGAUUCCUGAGUGGGUUUUAUUCCACGAGUUUAGUCUCUCAGAAAACAAUUCCAUUCGAGUCGUUUCCGAGAUAUCACCCGAUCUAUUCGCUGAGCUGGUACCUCAGUAUUAUUUUAGCAAUCUUCCUCCUAGUGAAAGCAAGGAUAUUCUGCAGGAAGUGAUCAAUCACUUGUCACCUGUUUCAACCACAAAGGAAGAACAGAAAACUACCAAUGACAACAAAGAAAACGAGGAAUUUCCCACUGAGGCUCCCACUGAACAGAGAUGUGUCAUUCAGUGAUUUUAGACUGAACUAUGACAUAGUGGACAACUACAAAUAAAAGCAAUAUAUGCAAAGUACACCCCCACCUUAACACAUGUAAUUAUUUCAAACUUUUGACAUAAAUGUAUUUGACAGAAGAAACACAAAGAAAAAGCACUUUUCUCA